AUGAGUGCAAAAAAUAUUGAGAUUAAGCAGAAUGUUUUCUUAUCGAACAUUUUUUGCGACUCGGACAAUUUGAAGAAUUUAAUGCGGAGCAGCCCUAAGAAAAGGGCCAGGGAAAAGGACAAAGAAAAGAAUUACUUGUCGGCCCAGAACUUCUGCUACGACAAGGAGGGCGAUGAAGACAUCUUCAAAGUGGAAGAAAUUUACGACCGGGAUUUCUCGUCGAAGGAAAAAAAAUGCAAGCUGUUCGUGCCGUUCAAAAACAAACGGGAAAGGGAACCCAGGUUUAUCACCAUAGAAAAGAUAAAGAAGAAGUACAAAAGCAUCAACAUAUACGAUGCGCUAAAUGACAAAUUGAGAUUGCUCGAUUCGGAGGAAGCUAAUUACAAGUGGCAAGACAUACUAAACUAUGAGGACGCGUCUUUCGACAUAUUCACGAUAGACGAAAUAGUGCAGGAGCUGAAGGAGGAGGAAAUUGCAGAGGAUCAAAUAAUAGGGGAAAAUAGCCAAAAAGUAGAAACAAACAAGUUAGUAAAGGAGUUAAAUCAUGAAAAUUUAAAGAAAAAAAAAGAAGAAAGGAAUAUCGUUCCGUUUAAAGCGAAAGGAGUGAUAUCACCACAGAAGAACAUAUUUCAAAGUGUCUUUGACGACAUAUACAUUUAUGAUUAUAAUUAUGAGUCCAACUUAUUUAGGGUAAAGAAAAAAACGUCGAACGAAUUUUUCGAAAUUCAUCGAAUGCAGUUUUUUUUUACUAGCGAAAAUCCAAUAUUGUAUGCAGAAAAAAUUUUUAACGCCAUUAAAAGUAGAUCUACCAACUUGAAGAGAAAGCUGUACUUUGCAGAAAUUGACAACAAGUUUUCGCACCUCAAUUGUAUACUAAACCAUGUGGACGAAAUUGCCGAAAGUAAUUCAAUCAUUAAGGAUGCCAACGAUUUGCAAUCUAUUGCAAGCAAUUUGAACACCUUUUGUAAUGUAUGUUUAGGAAGAAGAAUUUGCAGCAACAGAUUUUUUAAUUUUCCCAACCAGUUGUACAGAGGCCAGAACGAAAUAAAAUACUAUAACUACGAUUUCGAGAAUAAGAAGAAUAUCAUUAAGCAGUGUGUGCUUCUGGAGAAUAAGAAAGUCAUCAAGACUUUUUUGGACAUUAUAAACAAGUGUGCCUUGAUUAAGAUAUCCAUAUUUGACACCACCAUUUCGAGUCCCUACGAGAUGAACGACUUUUUCCAGGCGCAGAACGCGUCCAUUUUGAAGUCCUUCGAGCGCGUGAACAGCGCCUGGAUGAACGACAUGAAGACGAUCAUCGAGGAAAACCUGAAGAACUGCACCAAGGGCAAUUACAACCUGAAGGACAUCUCCACGGAAACCUUCAAGUACACCAAAAUAAGGAUCUUCUUCAACAUAUUAAAAUUGAUCAUCGAAAGAAGAAUAAACGAAAUGCUAAUAAGCAACAUGGACGAGUUUGUAAAUAUGUUCGUGCAAAACAUGGUAAGCUGCAAGAAGAAUAAGAAUUACCUGCCCGUAUUUGUAAUUAACGUGACGAAGAAAUUUGACCAUUCCAGAUUUAUUCUAGAUAAUAGUCCCCUCUCCUUUUUUGAAAAGUUGGAAGACCUCAUAUAUUCCAUGCUCAUAAAAUAUCAGCAGAUAGAAAAAAUAGAAAAGUUAGUAAUUCCACAGGUAUUCAAAAAUGAUAAAUUUAUUUUCUACAAAUCUAUCAAAGAAAGUGAUAAAUUUAUAUGUGAAAAAUUACUACACAUAAAACAUAUUUUUGACGAAUCAAAAAAUAUGAUAGAUAGCUAUUUAUCAAAAAUUAACAAACACGCUGAUAUUCUCAAUUUCAAUGUUAAUGAGGCGAUAAAAAAUAUUGACAUAAAUACAAGUGUAGAACAUAUUCAAAAUAUCAUUUACAAGAAUCUUGAAAAAAUACAAAACAUUAAUGAUACCAUUGAGGAUAAUAUCAACUUGGGUAUCUUCCUCGUCAAAUGUAAAGACAUCAAACUUUUUAUCAUAAAUGAGAUUAAUAAUUAUAUCAAAGCUUUGACUAACAUCAUUGUCCAGCGGUACAAAGAAAAAUACACGUCCAACCUCAUGUUCUACAACUCCAUCAUCGUGCGGCUGAAAAAAAAGACCAACAAAAUUCAGGACAUCUACGAAAAGGAGGAAUACAUAAAGGACAUGAAGAAGAGCCUCGACUUCGUCUCCCACGACAUCAAAGAAAUCAACGUCCUCUUCAACUGCCUGAACAAGCUCAACUACAAAUUUUCCAACGAUGAUUAUUUGUCCUACUGGAAAAUAGUAAACCGGCCCAGCAAGAUAGAAAAGAUCGUCAAGGAAGUUAAUGAGCACAUCGUUAAGCAAAAAAAUAUUCUCCUCGAAGAACUCAUAAAUGACGAAUCCAAGUUUCAGAGCAGCAUUGUUGAUAUGAAGGAAAAUGUGCAGUCCAUCAAAAGCUUCAACGAUGAGGGGAACUACUUAAGCAUUAACAAGUUCAUUCUGACGGUACAGAAUCAGCUAGCCGUUCUGAUUAAGGAGUCCAAGGAGAUCAAUUACAGGGAAAAGCUCUUCAACAUUGAAAUAUCGGAUUUCUCCAUCCUUCCAAAAAUUCAAAAUGAGCUAAACCUGUACUACACCUUCUGGCUCAUAUACAAAAGCAUAAAGUCGAUGGACGAGAGGUUCGACAAAAAAAUAAACUCCCUUAAUCACAAAAAAAUAGAAGAAGACUUUAACCUGAUCCUGAAAAAUAUGAACAAAAUUAACAAGCACGCAAAUGAGUACUACAAAAACAAGAAUGGGUUAAUCAAAAAGAUGAACGAGAAAUUAACCUUCUUCAAUUCAUACGUGUCUCUGUUAAUUUCGCUGAGGAAGCCGAGCAUAAAGGAGAGGCACAGGGAGCAGAUAGCCAAAAUUAUCGACGACAAGAACAACAUCGACUUCAACACGAUCACUUUUAAUGAGCUCCUCAAGCUAAACAUAAACAACAAAAUAACCAGCAUCAUUAAUAUUUGUGAGAAGGCCAAUAAGGAGAAUGCCAUCGAGAAGUUUUUGGGCAAGAUAAAAAACAACUUCAACAAAAUCGAGUUCCAAAUGAAGCAGGAGGAGAAUAACAAAAUCUGGAUCAUCUCCAACCUGAACGAAAUUUUGACAAAAAUAGAGGAGAACCUGGUGCUGAACCAGAACCUGCUCAUAAUAAAUAUCUACGAGAUUUAUCACAUCGAUAUAAUUAACAACCAGAAUAUGAUGAUGAAUGCGAACAAUAUUAUUCACACGUUGAAGAAGAGUCAGAAUUUGUUUCUGUACCUGAGUCGGAUCUUCGUGCUGACGGACAUUUCGAAGCAGCUGGCCAACGAGUCGAAAAAGUACAAGCUGAUUUACAGCAACUUCCACAACCUGUGCAAGCUCAUCGAGGAAGACAAGAAGCUGGAGAAGUUCUGCGCCAGGAAGGACACCAAGGAGAAGCUGGUCGAGCUGUACAACAAUCUGAACCUCCUCCUAAAAAGCAUAAACGAGUACCUAGACCUGAAGAGGGAAAUCUUCAACCGAUUCUACUUCCUCAGCACAGACGACUUGAUCAACCUGAUCUCUUCAAACAUCAAUGACCAAAUAAACACCUACCUAUUUAAAAUUUUUAACAGCAUUUACAAGCUAGUCAUCGUGAAUGGACAUAUUGUGGCUUUUCAAUCCCAAAGGGGAGAGCAACUCCUACUCUGCAACGAAAUUCAAAUUGAAAAAAAAGAAAUUACGGAAAUCCUCGUAGAAGUGGAGAAGGAAAUGUUCUUCAGUGUGAAGAAGCAAAUCUACGAUAACAUUUUGGAGUAUAAAAAUUUGAUGGACAUAAAGGAGGAUGAUUUUCUAAAGAGCAACAAUGAUAUUAAGAGUUACUCUCAGCGUAAGUCCUAUGACUACGAUUCGGUGGACUCCGCAAGCAGUUUCUCCUCCAGCGGGAGUAUAGCCGAGGAGGGGGAUUCCCCAGAGGGGCAGACACGUGACGGGGGGGUUGCCCAAGAUGGGGGUGCACCGCUUGAUGCGCCACAGGGGCAGUCUCCCUCAUCCGCCAUGCUGCCCUCGGUGAACAAAAAGGUCCUCUUCUCCCUGAACAAAAACAGCCAGUUCGUACUGAUCAUAAAGAACCUCUUCUGGUCCAACUUGGUAGAACUCUUCCUAAAAUACAACAACCUGAGUAAGUAUAAGAAGAUCCUGAAUGAAGAGCUAUACGAAUACAUUAACAUAAUAAACAAGGUGGACAAGAAGAAAAGCGUCCUCCUACACACACUGAUCAUAUCGCUAGUUCAUAAUAGAGACAUAGUAGAAGAGUUAAUAAAAAAAAAAGUCAAUGACGUGAACAACUUCAACUGGUUAAUACAGCUGAAAUAUUCCUACUACAACAAAAAUUUGUAUAUAAAAUAUCUGAACGAGUCUUAUAUAUAUGGUUAUGAGUACAUCCACAACGACAAUAAAAUUAUACUCACCAGUUUGAUAAAUAAAUACUUCAUAUCGAUACUGCACUCUUAUAGCUCCAAGCUGGGGGUAUGUUCUGUAGGGUUGGCUGGCACAGGAAAGACAGAAACUACAAAGUAUUUUUCUAAAUUCGUGGGGAAGUUCUACUUCGUCUACAACUGCAGUUGCAACAUUAAUUUUGAUUUUUUGAAAAAUUUAUUUUUUGGAAUUGCCACGAAUGGCAUAUUUUUUUGCUUUGAUGAAUUUAACAGAAUAACUAUCGAAGCUUUGAGUGUGCUAGCUCAGCAGCUGUGUAAUUUGUUCGGUGCCAAGUCGAGGAAGUUCACCAGGAGGAGCGGGGUCAAUUGUGGUGGGAGUUUUGCGCAGAUUGGAAACCCAGGGGGUGGUGACACUGCCGAUGAGGUAGUUGAAGAAUCCCCUAGGAAAGGGCACACAUCCCAACAGGGGAUACCACUCAGCGGGGGAACUCACCUAACUGGAGGUGGAACACACCUAGCUGGUGGGGGAACCCACGUGGGCAAAAAGAACAUGCUUUUCUUCGAAGGGAAAUACAUAAAAAUUAACGAAGAGUUCAACAUAUUCAUUAUCAUAAACCCAUUUUACAAAGGCAGGAGUGCACUGCCUAAUAAUAUCAAGGCCCUGUUCCGUUUUUUCAACUUUAUUAAGCCCGACUUUUUCACCAUUGUGGAAGUCAUGCUAUAUUCCAAAGGUUACAAAUACAGUAAGGUGUUGUCUAAGAAGAUUAUCCUCCUCUUCGAACUUUGUGAGCAUAAUUUAAGUCCACAGAAACAUUACAAAUAUGACCUGAGAACAGUGAAGAAGAUAACCUACGUCAUGGGGAAAAUUAUCGUCGACAAGGACAACAACAAUCAUAACAAGAACAUUUUCUACGAAUAUAAAUUUCUCUUCAUCGCAAUUAUCGAGUGUAUAAUGCCGUCCAUAGUGAGGAAUGACAUUUAUAUCUUCCUCACCAUUAUGAAGAACAUCUUCUAUGAGCUGUACGCCUACAACCAGUCCCUGAACCCGUCCGGCAAGACCUGCAGCGCUAUUGACUUGAAGGGCAUCCUGUCCAGCAAGAGGAACAACGACAAUAGCAUACUCAUGUACUUGAAAAGUUUCUACUGCAAUAUGAUGAGCGAGUCGGUGGGUGGUCACGUCGGCGAAAGGAGAGAUGACACUAACCAAAAUGAUGACGGUGAUAAGGGGGAGGAACCCCAGUUUGGGGACGGAUCAGGAGACAACACGAAGAAUCGCGAAGUGGACGAUUUGGAAAUGGCCGCUAACGACCGCAAUUACCCAAAGAGCGGUACAAAGAUGACGCCAAAAGAAGACUCCCACCAAGGUAGAAGCAACCUGGAAAUGCUACCCGAUUCAGCAAAAGCACCAGCGAAGGAAGAAAAUCACCAAGGCAGCAAACUAUUUCUAAGCAAAAAGGAAAUCGUGGAAGAUUAUCUAAAAAAAAUGCUAAAAAAGAAAAUGCUCGAAUUAAAUUACGUAUGCACAGACAGAUAUGUGAGCAAACUUAUUCAGCUCUACAACAUGAUAAAAUUUCACACGGGAAUUCUCUUCCUCUCUUACCCACUCUCCAAAACGACAUCCUACAAAAUCUUAUGUAGAACCAUAAACACGAUCAACGAUAGGGAGAUAAUUAAAAGAAAAAUCAACGACUACGUUAUAAAUGCCAACGUGGUAAGAGAAAUGGAUAUGUUAGGUUUUUACGAAGAGGUGUCAAAUAAAUGGGUUCAUGGAAUAUUAACAAAAAAAAUAAUAGAAAUAAAUUCUACCUUCAAUAGAAGUGAUUACCUUAACAUUAUUUACUUUGAUUGUUAUUUGCAUUCCCUAUGGAUAGAGAAUCUGAACUCCGUUUUAGAUGAAUCGAAAAUUUUGUGCUUGUCUAAAUGUGACAUAAUCCCAAUAUAUGAUCAUACUCGUUUCAUAAUGGAGACGCAUGACUUGAAAGACAUCACCAUGGCUACAGUAAGCAGGUGUGGUUUAAUCAUUUUAAAUAACUACGAUUUGGAUAUAGCUUCUUACAUCUGUUCCUAUGUGAACUCCCUGACAACCAAUUUCGAUGCCAUUCACAAACACAUUUUGAUAAAUUUAUUUAUCGUCUUUUUUUACAAGUCCCUCCUCUUCAUCAGUAUCAACAAUUUAUUUGUCUACACAUUUAAUGAGUACUACUAUUGCAUUUCUUUUAUUAAAUGUAUCGAUAGUUUAUUUUCCUACUGCUCUUUUGAGAUUAAUGAUUCCAGUAGGGAUGAGAGCUACCAGAAAUACAUCACAUCUAUCUUUUUGUAUUCCUUAAUUUGGAGUGUGGGUUCUAAUACGUACAAACGGGGCCGAAAAAUAUUUAAUGACUUCCUUUGCAAGGAAAUUGUGAAGCAUAAUUUGAAGUUAACUUUUGAGACACUCGACGGGAGGUUGAUAGAUGUUCGGCAGGUCAAGGGGGGCAGUGCACCACACACGGUGGAUAUCCCCGAUAUGGACAGCAUUUUGGCUAGUUCGCUCAUCGGUGAGGCCAAGCAACAGGUGGAGGAGGAUCCCCUUAUCAACGCCAACGUGGAUCAUGUCUGUAGUGAUGACACAAGUGACUCCCAAUCCGUCAGUAGUGACGCCUCCUCCAACGUGGACAUCUACAACGAGCGAAAAGAACCCAUCGAGCAUCACUACGAAAAUAUAAACAGUAUGUACGAUUAUUACCUGCGUGCCACUAGAAAAUGCAGGAAUCUGUUCAAGAGCUACGAUCCACGAUUGGGGGAAGGUCAAAAUGGGUGGCUCCUUGGCAAGUGCUACGGGAACUGCAGUUCCGAUUCGAAUUCCAGCAAUGAUGAGAGGUACCUGAAACGGUGGGGUGGACGAAAAAGGAGGAAGUACCUGAACGAGCACGCCCCGGGCAGCGUGGACGACGUGCUGCAAAGCGUCAGUUACUACAAUGAUGUGUACGGAUUGGCGGGCAGUGAUAAAAAAAACGAUGGUAGACAAAGCGAUGUUUGGCAAACCGGUGGUGGACAAAAGGGGAAGCGCCCACGCCCACGACGCAGCAGCGCCCGCCUGGAUGAGCCCCCCAAGGAGAGACGGACCGUCCCGCUUUCAGAAAACCAGCUGAGGAUAAACCUGUUCGACUUUUACUUCAAAUACGAAAAGAACGUGAUGAGCCACCUGAACAACAAGGAGAACAAGUUCACCCUGAUGGAUGAGUGCCUGAGCCAAACAGACAUGUUGAUAAAACAAAAGAAGCACUUAUCCAUGCUUUACAAUAUAGAUAUUUUUAUGAAAAAUAAAAAGAGCAUUAUCAUAUCUGGUUGUAGUAACAUAGGGAAAACGCUCACCGUGGAUUACUACCUAAACAAGGUGAUGGCAAAGGAUAAAUUCUUCACAGUGGAUUUUUACUUCUCCUACAGUACUACGAGUAACCACGUGAGGAAUUACAUCGAAUCGAAAUUAAUCAAAAGGAGGAGCAACUUCUACGGAACGACAAACAACAGGAUAUGCGUUUUCUACAUUGACGAUAUAAACAUAGAAACGGAAGUGGGUUCUAUAAAAAGGAGUCACUACUUAUCUUCGCAUGAAUUUUUACGUAUGCUAUUUAAUUAUAAGUUUUUCAUAGAUCAGAACUUAGGGGUGAAGUACGUUGAAGAUUUGACCUGUCUAGCGACGAUGAACAACGCGUAUACGAACACAACGCACAGUGCCAGACUGUUUAACAACUUUAACAUAAUAUAUUACAACAAUUACAAGUAUAGGGAAAUUUUCGACAUUUUUUUUUGCAGCCUGAAAAGCAUGUUUAGCAUUUACGAUAUUAACAUAAAAAGUUUGGCCACCAAUUUGGUACAGAUGCAAAUAGAUAUCUACAAAGGAGUCAAAGGAAUGAAACACAAUUACUACCUGUACAAUGUAGAGGAUCAACAAGGGAAGGAAAUCUUCCUUCACUCCUUUAAUAUAAAUAACAUGAGGGAUAUAUACAAGUGUGUAAAUUACCUGUCCAAAAAUAUCAACAUUAGAAAGGAACAAAUGUUGCUAUAUUUUCUGUACGAAAAUAAGGCCCUUUAUGAGGAAAGUUUUUUCUCCAAAAAUGCUAAAAAAAAAUGUGAACAAAUUGUUAAGACGACUUUUAAAAAAUACUUCCCCGAGGAGGAGUAUGAAAAGGUUCUCAAUCAGUAUGAUAAUGGUCUGCUCUUUUGUAACUUUCUAAAUUUGUACCAAAAUGUGUAUGAACAGGUCUCCGAUUUUAACGACCUCUACAAUUGCGUGUAUGGAUAUAUAUCCGAAUUAAGCAAUAGUGAGAAGGUUAAUAUAAUCCUCUUCGAUAACGUUCUCAUUUACAUUUGUAAAAUAACCAAAACGUUUAUGACGGAAAAUUCACACAUUCUUUGCAUUGGCAUCAACGACGCUGUGAAGAGGAAGGUCAACAAGAUCUGCGCGUUCAUAAUUAACAAGACGCUCGUUGUAUCUGAGCUGAACAAAAAUAGUAAGUCUUCCCAAUUUGUAGAAGAAAUAAAUAGGUGCCUCUUCGAUUGCGGCAUUUAUGAAAAACAAUGCGUCUACUAUCUUAAUGAUGAAAAUAGUAGCCUCGAUUUUGUCCUCGAAAAUCUGAACAACAUUUACAACUACGGAGACAGCUACCUUCUCUACAAUGAGGAAAAUUUAAAGAAGAUAUACAGUGAGUGUAAAAAUAAAUGUGAAGAGGAACACGUGGUCAGAAGUCUAACCAACAUAUACAGCAUUUAUAAGAAAACCAUUCGAAAGUGCUUUCACGUAAGUCUGAACAUUUCGGCCAGCAGUUCCGAUGCCAUCCUCAAGUUUCCCUACAUCCUGAAGAACUCCCGCAUUAUCUACUUCGAGGAGGACAACAACGAGGGCCUGCACGUCAUCACCAAGAAUUUUUUCAGAGACGCGGAGGGAAAAGGCGUAGACAAGUUGGCUAAGGUGAUAGAAGGUCCAACUGGGGUGGUAGACGAUUCGAGUAAGAGGAUAGACGAUCCGGUUAAAACUAUAGACGACCAAGUUAAGACGAUGGAUGAACCCACCUCUGAUACGCCCCCUCGUGCGCUGGCCUCCAUCGACCUCGAGGUUGUGAACCCCGACCAGGACCUCAAAUGCCUGGAAGGAGUCGUCGAGGACAAGGUGUUCAUCCGGAUCCACAAGGAAGUCAUGCAUCUGGCGAAGAAAUACCAAGAGGAGAAGCAGGUCUAUGUGUGUGUAAACUCCAACAAGUACGUCCACUUCUUGCACUACUUUGAACACUUUUACAACAUGAAGCGGAAGGAGUUCGACAAGAAUAUUGACCUAUACAGAAAGGCGCUCAACAAACUACACAAAUGUGAGCAGGACAUAAAAACGAUGAAGAACUACCUACUCAACAUGCAGCCAGUAUUAAACAGCACAAACAUUGAAAUGAAGAAAAAGGUGAACCAAAUGGAGAGAGAAUCCAAGGAGGCGUACACCAAACAAACGGAAAUAAAAAAAAAAGAAUGCGAAAUGAAGACAAAGAUAAAAAGUAUAACACAUUUAAAAAACGAAGUGAAUGAAGAAAUAACUAAAAGUUUUGCUCUCCUUAAUGAUUCACUAAAUAACUUAAACAAAUUGAAGGUAGAGCAUCUGAGAGAAUUGAAAGCGUUUGUUAACCCCCCCUCGAUUGUCGUCAUGGUCAUGCAGUGCAUCCUAACCUUUCUAAAGGAAGACGAAAAGUACCUACAAGGCAAGUUGAUCAGACCCAAAACAUUGAACUAUUGGAUAUUAGCACAGAAAACCAUUUUUAGAGAUUCUAAAGUUUUUCUGGACAAUUUAAAAAAUUACGAUAAAAAUUUAAUUGAAGAAGAAAUGAUCACAAAAAUUUCUCCUCUCAUUAAGAAUAAAAAUUUUAACCCCAAGUUUGUGAGAAAGGCGUCUAAGGCAUGUGAAACUAUGUGCCAGUGGAUCCUCGCUAUUUACCACUACUUUAUCAUUAACAAGGAGCUGAAGCCUAAGAAGGAGGAAGUUCUCACCUUGGAAAACGAAAUAAACAAAGAGCUCAGCUACCUGGAUGCAUGCAAACAGGAGCUAAGCAUCGUGAACAAUAAUUUGUGUACCAUCGAAAAGGAGAAGGAAGAAAUUACCAUCAAACAGAAUGAACUAGUAGACAAAAUAGAAAACAUAAAACAGAAAAUUCAGAGAUCCAAAAUGAUCCUCUCCUGUCUCCUCGAACAAGAAAUAAAAUGGAAUAACAAAAAAAAAAACUUAAAAAAAAAAAGGGAUCUACUUAUUGGAGACUGUAUCAUCGUGUCAUCCCUCAUCAAUUACAUGUCCUACUUUUCAUACGAGUACAGACAAGUCAUUAAGUUAAAAGUGCAGGCAAUUCUUAACAGACACAACAUUAAGUAUACGAAGGAUAUUUCCAUCUAUACCUUUUUGGAGUCAAAAAUUAACAUAGAAAAAUGGGUCUCCUAUGGACUGACGAACAGCAGGUUCUACUUUGAAAAUAUCAUCAUCAUGAAUAACAGCAUUAAAUAUAAUCUGCUCAUUGACCCACAUUUCAUCGUCACCAAUUUUUUAAAAAAAAUUUACCAUAAGAAGAGGGACGUGGAGAUUUUGCGAAAUAACAGCUCCAACUUUGUGGACAAAAUAGAAAGGUGCAUGCAGCUCGGGAACGUUAUCCUUUUCACACACUACGAUGACGAUUGCAGUGUGCUGUUUAACGCACUCUUUAAUUACAAAAUUGGGAAAACCCUCCUCAGCUUUGGGCGCGAUCGGGCGGGUGCCAAUGGCAACAACCAUGUUGCUCGGCAUCGCCAAUCGGCUUCGAAUGAAUGUUCCCCACAGGAAGGGGUGAACACAUCAGACAAAGUAGAUGCAACAGAUAAAGUAGCUGCAACAGACAAAGCGACCGUAUCAGAUGAAGUGACCACACCAGAGGGAGUGAACGGAGCGCAAGGAGCCCCCCUUGGGGAAGAACCGGUUAAGGUGAAUGCACCCCCCGUGAACGGCACGCUGACCCAAAACAACUGCGUCAACUUCAACAACAAAAUCAUCACCGUGGAUAGCGCCUUCAACAUCUACUUCAUCGUGUAUGGAAGCACGAAAUUCGAUGACAACACGCAAAAUCACCUCAACGUGAUUGACUUUAACAUAAACCUAGACAUCCUGGAGGAGUACUUCCUAACGAAUCUGAUUGAUAAGCUCUUCCGAAUCACCAAUGAAAAUAGAAGCGCCCUCAUUCAUCAGAUCCACGACCUCAACAAACAAAUGGUAAAACAAGAGGAAGAAAUUCUACACAUAUUAAAUUACAAGGAAGACAUCCUUAGUGACGAUGAUAUAGUUAUCAGUUUUGACAACGCCAAUAAAAUAUACUCGAAAAAUAAAAAAAAAAUGAAAGAGUAUAAAAUGAAUAAGUUGGAAAUUACCAAAAUUAGGAAGAAUUACAUGAGCAUGUCGGAACACAUCUCCGUCAUUUAUCACUGCAUGAAUAACCUAGUCACUUUGAAUCCAAUGUAUAACUUUUCCAUUUUGUCUUUUGUGCAACUCCUAAAUAUCAGUAUUGACAAAUCGGAGGAGAAUAAACUCCUCGAUAAGAGAAAAAAAGACAUACUAAACAUCUUUACCAGGAAGAUCCACUACGAAAUUUCCAGAACCCUAUCCGAGAAACACCAACAAAUUUUUUUUUUCUACCUUGUGUGUAUGAUAAAUAUAUACAAAGGCGAAAUAGACUACGAUGAUUAUUACUUCUUCGUGUAUGAUGAGUACCCUAAGGGGGAUGACAUUCGCAAUGAAGUCUUCCGAAAGGUACAAUCUAAGCGGAACAGUAAGCCAAAUGGUGAUAAGGUUUUGGGCAACACCACUGUAUUGAUGGACUCUUCUUCCAUUUUGAAGGAACCAUGUGACAGUGGCAAAGGGGAAGAACCCCCCACUUCGGAAGACGACAUGGACGAUCUCAGCGAACAGGAAGAUCUCCAAACUGGCGUGGAUGACGUGUCUAUUCAUAGUCUUGAAUCGGACGGAUGCAACCCUCAGGAAGGAGAGGAAUAUUCGAGUAAUAACCAGGCUACCGCUGAGGAGAGCACAAAAGAAGAACGAACCGCACCAAUGAAUGGUAGCCACCUGGUGAGCGGCACCGUGGAGGAGUUCCUCCUACUCCCCAAGAGGAGCGAAAAGGACGACUUUUUAAAUUCCUGCGAAGGGAAUGUGCUGCUCCAGGGAGGGGGAGCAGAGGAGGGGCAUACCACUAAUGAACGUGCCACUAAUGAAUGUACCACCGAUAGCGGGGAGGCCCAAUUCACCUUCCACUUCGAAACGAAGAACCUGUCCUGGCUAAGCGCGAAGGAGUACAUGAGCGUGAAGAAACUAAUCAGGAAGGAAAAAUAUUUCCUCUUCUUUAAAAAGGCCUUCAACGAGUAUGAACACCUAUUCAGAAGCAUCAAGACAGACCACACGAUAUUGCAGCACAAGGACUUAAAGCAUCUCCUAACAAACUUUGAAAAAUUAAUCAUUUUUAAAAUUUUCCGAUUUGAUAUUCUCAAACUUAAUAUGAACAACUAUGUAGAUGCGUGCUUAAACAUAGGCUCUCAGAGCUACGCGAAGGAUCUAUACAAAUGCUACGAACACUCGUCCCAGAAUAAACUGAUCCUAAUUUUGUCUGAACAUAGGCUAAGCACAGCUAGCGAAAUUAUGAUGUUGAGUGAAAAGAUCACUGGAAAGAAUAACCUAAUAAUUUAUAACAAGAAUGACAAGAACUACUUGUUGCAGAUCUUAAAUGAUUCCAUUAAAAAUGGGUUCUGGGUACUAAUCGAAAAUGCUCACCUGAAUAUCCAUCUCAUUUUGGAAAUUGAAAAAUAUAUCGAGGCCUGCAAUAUACAGUACUCCAACCCGGAUUUCAGAAUCUGGAUCAGCACCAGCUCUGUGAAGAGCUUCCCCGACUACCUCCUCAAGCUCUGCGUGAAGAUCACCUUCGAGAAUGUCCACAAUUUGAAGUCGGGGCUGCUCAAUAUUUACACCAACGUGGCUCAGGAGGAGGAGGCCGACAACGAUGAUGAGAAUGAGGAUGAAGGGGAGGCGGAUGAUGAAGAAGAAAUGGACGAUGAGGAGGAAGCGGAUAACGAACAGGAUGAAGUGGAAGACGAUGAUGAUGAGGAAGAUGAGGAGGACAGGGAAAAUCACCUACCGUCCGAUCCGCUGGGUGGACGGCCCCCUCGAUGUGGAACCCCGCGCAGAGGCAUCGUCGACGUUGGCGCCAAGUGGGGUGAAAAUGAUAACCCAGAAGGGCCCCCAAACGGAGGAGGGGAAAAAGGGGAUAAGGAUCUACCUAAAAGAAGAAACGAUAGGAAUCAAAAAAGGAAGCAUAGAAGGGGCGAAAAAAGAAGUGAAAAUGAAAACAUCCUGAUGAACAAACUGAACUUCAGCCUCUGCUUCUUCCACGCACUCAUCCAGGAAAGAAGCAAAUUCAAGAGCAAAGGAUUUAACAACUGUUACGAGUUCACCGAUAUCGAGCUAAAAUUGUCGAAAGAAAAUAUCAUCAAAUUUUUCAGAAACAAAAAUAUAGACAUAAAUCUGUUACUUUACCUUAUUGGGAAUAUAAUUUAUGGUGGCACCAUAAUAGACAUAACGGACCAAAGAUGCUUUAACAUUAUCCUCAACAAGUACAUAAAUGAGAAGGUCAUUUAUUCGAACAAUGAAUACAAGUUUAACAACUAUUAUUACUGUCCUCACAGUUCAAAUAAGAACCUCUUCCUAAGGUAUGUGAAGUCCUUAAAUUUUAUAACAGAUUUUUCUAUUUUCAAUUUACACCCCUCUUUGAAUACCCUAUAUUUACAAAAUUACAAUUUAAAAAUUUUGAAAAAUCUGGAGAAACUAGAAUAUAAUGUAACAAAAGACAAGUCGGAUAUGCAUAUCUUCUGCAUCAUCCAUGUCUUGACGCAGCUCCUUCCUCCAUUCAUAGACGCCAACAAAUUAAACGACUUCUUCAUCAGCAACUUAAGCUGCUCCAUCAUUACCUUCCUCAAAAUGGAAACAGACAAAUAUAAUAAUCUGUUAAGGGUCAUAUAUGACGACUUAACGAAUAUAAUUAAUUUUGUCAAGGGGAAAAUGAAUUUUUCAAAAAUUUCUCACACUUAUAAUUCGAUCUCUAAUUUGUGUGUUCCCAAGAGGUGGAUUGCCUGUUCGUUCUUUACAAAUUUGCAGAUUUUUCACUACGCCAAAUUGAUUAGCCUUAAGGUUUCCUACCUGAACAGAUAUAUCUCCCAACUGGAUAACCGCGUCUUCAACUUGGCCGCUUUCAUGUCCCCACGGAGCCUGAUGCUGGCCAUCCGCCAAAAAAUUUGCACAGAAGCCAAGAUCGACGUUAAUAACGUCAAGUUGAAGUACCAAAUUUCCUCCUACUUUAACGAGGAAGACAUCAGGGAGGACGGUUACUUCGUGGGCGGCCUCUUCAUCGAAGGCGCCAUGUUUGACGCCACAAAUAUGGUCAUAAAGGAGUCCACAGAAAAGUACCUCUACUGCCCCAUGCCCUACAUCAAGGUCUACUUCAUCACCAAGAGCUCACCCGUAGUAGGGAAGCCCCUCUCCAGGAAUGCAAAACCUUCCAAACCUGCCAAACCUGUCGCUGUUACUACCAAGGGCCGCUUGCACGGCUCCAACUUCCACAUCUUCAAAUGCCCCAUAUAUAAAAAUAUGCACAAAACGGACAACCGGCUAAACAACAACGAACCCAUAUUCUACUUAAAGCUAAACUCCAAGGAGAGAAAGGAAAAAUGGAUUGAACGAAAUGUUUCCGGCGUGUUAAUACUUAAAUGA